AAAUUUGGGUUUUGUUACCUUCAUUAGACCCAUUUACUUAAAUCGGUUCGAUUAGUUUUCCCUGCAAUUUGAAUGAGUUUUCGAAAAAUAAAUAAAUAAAGUGAGAUAGUCGGGAGUCUCGGAUUUUCAGAAUUUUAAAAUUCGAUCCAUAUAAAACCUUGUUUUGUUGCUAAACAUGCAUGCUAGAUAGCCCAACUAAUAAAACUCUCGAGAAACUCUCGACCGGAAAGUUUGAGAUCUCAUAUUUGAUCCACCUCAUUUUUUGUUUAACAAAUAACUUGUUGAGAUUUUCUUACAAGGAAAAAUGGAGGUGAGGAUGGAAGGUGGAGGGAGGUCUUGUAUAGUUGUUACCAUAAUAGUGUUAGCUUCCCAUCUACCCAUCUUCUAUAUAUCCUUCUUAAUUUCUUAUUUACAAAUGGCUUUAUAAUUAGUUCAAACACAUAACCAAAGUCACCAUAUAUCCCCAAUGUUUAAAGUCUCGUGAAUAAGGGUGUUCAAAUGGUUAACAUAGUAACUAUUUUUUUUUUUUGAAAAACAUAGUAAUUAUCAAACCAAAUAAGUCUAAAUUCUAUUAAUCAUGGAAUACAAUAUCAUAACCAAACCGUUCAAACUAAUACAAGAACCAAAUUAACCAAAGUAAAGUUUAAUCGGUUAGGUUAAUUGGUUAACCAAAAUAACCAAACACACAUUAUCAUUAAGUGAGAAAAUUUUCCAGUUAGUGCAUCGAUUCGCAAUUCAUAUAAUGAAUAACACAUAACAAUGAACUCAUAAUUAUUCUAACCCUUAACAUAAAUACAUGUAAUAAAUAAAAUUAUAUUUAAUUUGACUCUUGAGUGAUUAUGCAAAGUAUUAAGUAUGUGUAUAUAAUAUAUAUUAGAUAUAUGACUUAUUACUUAAUUGAUUAAUUUGGUUUGAUUGGUCAGGAGUGUCUGAAACCAAACCAAACAAGUUAAAAAAAAAUAAUCAAACCAAACCAAUUAUCCAUAUUAACCAAACCAAAUUAUCCAAAUACUACCGGUUAAAACGGUUAUCACAUAACCGCACCGUUUAAACAACCUGGAGACUCGUCUCAACAACUUUGCUUUUUAGGUACGACUUUAUAAACAAAAAGGUUCCAGAAAAUGUCAAAUUUAUCUGCAUUUUUGUUUCCUUUCUCACUCUCUUGUUGGCAAACGAAAUUAUUUUGAAAUGUUAUUAUAUAUACCUUAUUAGAAUGUUGUGUUAUAAUUUUCACAAUCUAUACGGUAAGAAUAUUUAAGCUAUUUUAAAAUAUUAGCGGCCAAUUGAAGGGAAAUUUUUUCUGAUUGUGACUUUUUUAAAUUAGGUAAUUGAAAAAAUUAAAUUAUUUAAUAACACGAGCACUUCUACUAUGCUAUAUAGUAUUGGUGCUUUAAUGUACAACUUAAAGUUGUACCAUAACAUUAAAUGUAUAAGUUUAGUUGUACCAUAAAACAAUUUGUACCAUAAAAAAAUUUGUACAAAAAGUAUAGGUACAAUCUAAAGUUGUACCAUAACGUAAAUGUACAAUUUUAAGUUGUACCAUAAAGGCAAAAUCCUAUAGCACCAAUACUAUAUAGCAUUGUAAAAUUUCUCUAAUAACAGACAAACUUAUAAAUAACAAUUGAACCCGAAUCCAUGAUUAUCCAACUUGUUCCACUGCGGUCAAAGCAGGGGAAAAUCAUUUUUUACGGAUUUUGGGUUAUAUGUAGGUUUUACUUACUUUUAAAAUUGGUGGGUUAGAUUUUAGCAAAACCCAACUCGCUUUCCACCUUACUUGCACAGAAAAAGAAAAAUUAUAUCAUUUUGUGUAAUCGUAAUAAUAUUAAUUAUUAUAGAUGUUAUUGUUCUUUAUGAAAAUAUAUUUUAAAUAAUUUUAGAGAAAUAAUGUGUGACUAUGGUAUAAACGCAUACAUACUCAUACAUUUGUUGGUGCUCGUUUGAUUGAAUUUUUCUAAAAUCCCACAAAUAUUUUGACAAAUUUUGUGUGAGUGCGGUGGAUGAUUUGAGUUUAGAGAAAAUCAACCCCACCCGUUAAUCCAUUAUUAUCAUCUAGAGAGACUCCCAAAACAUUCUAGAUAUAAUCCAGCCUUCUGGACGAAUCUGUCUUCAGAUUGGGUCUUCUGGAUCUAAAGCCCAUAAUAAGAAAUGCAAGCCCUGGAUCCACUCUCUCAGAUGGCCCAAUAAAAUUUACGCCUGAUUUGCCAAGACCUACUUCAUCUACAAUCUACAAGAUAUAUAAAAGCAAAACAUGGGUUGGAGUUGUCCGUUUUCAAAUUUCGUAGUCUGAGACGGCUAGUGAUUCUAGAAAGGUCAUUUUUGUAAUUGCACUCAUUUCAUCUUUAUAUAUUAAAAAUGUUAUCAUUGGAGUUAGAACUCUGAUCAGUUAAAUGAAGAAAGAGCAUUAUAACCAUCUAGACUACAUUGUGUUUAUUAUUAUGUUUUUUAUUAAACUCUAGGAAUAUGUUUGGUGAUGAUGCUUCUAUAUUUAUAGUUUAUCUUAAGUUAUUUAUAUUUGAUAGAAAGACGUUAGUUCUGAAAUCGAAACUCAAUUAACAUUGAUUCAAACAUUAAUAUUAAAGUGUAUGUGUAGUUUAGUUUAGUUUAGUUUAGACAAAAUACAGAAGUGUAACCAAAACAUGGACCUUUGUAACGAGUAUAGUAAUUUUUUUGACCAAAUCUACGCAUAAUAUAAUGAUAAAAUUGGAAAAUGAGAGUCUCCUUUUAAAUUUUGUGGUCUUAGAGUGAUUCUACGAACUUCAUUUUCGUCAUAGAGCCAAAUUUUUGUUUAUAUUAUGUAUAGAUUUGUCACAAAAAAUUACUAUAUAUGUCACGGAGACCCAUAUUUUUGCUACACACAUGUAUUUUUAUCUAAACCGUACCACACAUAUAAUUUAAUAUUUAAUGUUUAAAUCAAUGUUACUUGAGCUCCGAAUUCACAAUUAAUUACAUUCUAUAACAUAUAAUAAUUUGGUUUAUCUUCUUGAUUUUACCCACUAAAUGUCCUUUGGGUUCGGAUUUUACCCUACCCGAUUAGGCCGGAUUCGGGCGGAUAUUCAUGGUUACAGAUAUUUGUGCCAUCCCGGGUACUAAUUGGGUUAGGUGAACACUAAUAUACAAAGGUUCCUACCUAUGUAUUUCUGAAGUGGUACUUGGUGGUACCAUAGUAAUCUUCCCCUCAAGACUAGGACCACAAACUUCGUGUCCUCACUCAACAAUUAUCUUGAUUUGCUAAACAGAUUGGAUCACAGAUUUUGUUAGACCCAAGGAUUAACCAAAUGCAUAUCCCCCUUGAUUUUCCAGAUAGAUGCAAAGCUCUUUCGAUUCGCCAAACCAAUGUCGAUCUUCUUUGAUCCACCAGACAAAUGCGGAUAUCCGAUCCUUUGAUGCGAAAAACAAAUACAUAUAUCAAUUCCCGAUAUCACAUAAUGAUGGUCCAACGCCUCAGAUCGAAACUUCAAACCAGGUUCUAAUAUCACUUGUUUAAAUCGGGUAGCACCAUCAGUACGAUAUGGUUCGCUUUGCGCCAAGCCAACAUAAUGUACAUUUGGGUAUUAUCUCCAAAAGGCCUCGUACUAAUUGAGAUAGAUGGACACUUAUAUACAAUGAUGUCUAGCCUUGUAUUUCCGAUGUGAUACUUGGAUUAUUCCCAUCCAAUCAUCCCCUCAAGACAAGAACCACAAAUUUCGUGUCCUCUCUCAAGGAUUAUCUUGAUCCGGCAAACUCUUUGUAUCGCUGACUUUGCUCGACACAUGGAUUUACCAUGACAGAAGCCUUACUUAUGGCCAACGAUUGUAAUUUAUCGAUUUCAAUGCCUAGAUCCAUUCGAGAGAAAAAAAAGAAUCUAAGGGUUCGUUUGGAGAAAAUGAUUUGCGUUGUAGGUUCAUUAAAUUUAUAAAUUUUGCAGAAAGUUGUGUUUUUUGCAUCAUGAAUUUUUUCUAGAGAGAUUUCAAAUAUUUAAAAUCUAUAGAUAUAAAAUCUCACAUUAUCAAAGAGAUUAUAUAUCUUGAGUUGUGAGAGUUUUGUUAGUACUGCUUUAUCUUUUCUUUUUUUAUUUAUCCCACUAAAUCUCUUCAUCAAUAAAUUCUCAAAUUUUUUUAUUGAUUCUUUUGGUUAAAUCUAAACAUGUCAUCUGCUACAAAAGGUAGCAUUUAAAUUUUUAUUGGAUGAUAACAAUCGAGACUUGUUUUAGUUGUAAUACUACUAGUCUUGAAACUGAAGGAUCAGAUUCAAAUCUUUUAAAUAAUACCUAACAACAAAAACUUAACCGACAUCACUCUUAUAAAAGAAUAAUAAUAGUGAUCAAGUAAUAAAAAUUUUAAAAAGGAGAAUUUAAAUAUUCGAAUGGCUUACAAUUUAGAGAUUUAAAAUCCAAUUCUCCAACACUGUGAAAAAAAUAAUCUGGAUUAGUGUAGGAGUUCUCUACCACGUUAAACAAAUGCUUCAUAAGAAAGCAUUAAUAUUAUUUCUUUCCGUGAACAAAGUUUGAACCGAUCUGAAUUAUUCAACCUUUUCCCUGGCCGAUUUGGGUAACUCCCACGAACCCUACACUACACAACUGAAGCCGGCUUCAAAGACCUCCGGCAGAGUGACUUUAUCCAAGCUUUGUGAUCAGGGCGGCUAUCCUUGUUGUGGAUCAUAGUAAUCAACAAAUCUAUGAUUCAAAGGAAAAUGGCAAAAUUGCAUACGGCCUAAGCUUCCAUAUAAAUAGUACAUUAGAGGGGCACUCUCUCAAUCAACCAACACAGUCUAGCACCCUGUUCCACAUUGAUAUCUUAAGUUAGUACUCUUAACUCUUCCUAUACUCACUCUGCUCCAAGUUUGGCAAUGGCGAAUCAGGCUGCCCUUGUGUUCAACCUAUUGCUGACGGCUCUCGCCUUCUGCUGCAUCACCUCUGCCUCUGAUCCGUCUCCUCUACAAGACUUCUGCGUCGCAGAUUCCAGCAGCCAAGUCAAAAUGAAUGGCUUAGCUUGCAAGAAUCCUGCGACAGUCCAAGCAAACGAUUUUUCCUUCAGUGGGCUCCACAUUUCUGGGAACACAGCCAAUGCUGUUGGUUCCGCGGUCACAUCCGCCACGGUGACUCAAAUUCCUGGUCUCAAUACCUUAGGCAUCUCAAUGGUGCGGGUCGACUAUGCUCCUUGGGGUAUCAACCCUCCUCACACUCACCCGCGAGCCACCGAGAUCCUCACGGUUAUCAAAGGCACUUUGAAAGUUGGAUUCGUCACAUCGAACCCUGAUAAUCGACUUAUCUCCAAGAUUCUUCGGAAGGGUGAUGUAUUUGUCUUUCCAGUUGGGUUGAUUCAUUUCCAGCAGAACGUUGGGCAUGGAAAUGCCGUAGCGAUUGCUGCAUUGAGCAGCCAGAAUCCCGGGGUCAUCACUGUUGCUAACUCUGUCUUUGGAUCGAAGCCUGACAUUUCAGCUGACAUUCUUGCUAAGGCGUUUCAGUUGGACGAGAGCAUCGUGCGACAACUGCAAUGGACAUUCUAGAGAAAUUUACUCACUGUUUUUUUAAGCAUUCUUGUGAUGUUGCAAUCAAUUUGAUUAGUUACUGUUUAAAUGUUUAAUUAUUCAUAUUUAUUUUGCAAUUAGGUGGUAUCAAGUUUACUGGAAUUCAAUUCACAGUUAGUGUUCCUUUGAUGAAUCGUUGAUCAAAUCCUUUCAAUGGUUUCAUUUACUUAAUUAAGAUGUUGCAGACAUUCAAUUUUAAAUUAAUUCCUUGUGGCCUUGAGUGUUACGAACGGAACAACAAGAAGAACGAGGUUACCGAAUCUGGAGCUGAGUUGCGGACUAGGUCGCUCUCUUUAAGACUUCGCAGCACUGCCUUCGAUGCGCACGACAGACUAUCAACCGGUCGUCUCCAGGAUAAAACAGCUCCUCUCAAUACUCACGGUUUUGUGCGAAAACCGGAGCUCUCUGAACACUCUCUCUAUUGUAUUUAUGCUCGUUGUGAUGUGUUUAGAAGGGCUGGGGAGGCGACUAUUUAUAGGAUCCGAACCCCUAGGAAUAUACCCUCUUGCUUGGGGAAUAAGUCGGAUUAAUUAAGGAAGAUAAUUACUUCCUUAAUUAAAACCGUCGGUUAAGAUAAACCCGGAGGGAUUAUCCUUCGAAUAUUCAUUUUUCAGUCCAUUAUCCUUAGAAUAUUCCUCAUAAUAACCGAUUAAUAAUUAAUUAUUAGAUAAAUAAUUUCGUUCGGAAUUUCUGCAAAAAAUAUAUAUGUAGUCUCAAGUGAACCAACCAACCGACCGGCCGGUCGGACGGACGGUGCGCGUGUGGUGGUCCGUUAGGUCCUCCCACAAAAGUGGGUCACCCCAAGGGCAUGCCCUUAGGAGAGAGGCUCCUAUCUUUAUAUCCAUUUCACCAAGUAAAACUACCAAUGUUGUAGUUUUUCCACUUGAGACUCUAUAGCUUUCAAAGCUAUUCAUAUACAUUUCCAACAAUCCCCCACUUGAAUAGUUUUGAAACUAUCUCUGAGCAUUAACAGUUCCACAAGAUCGGGCAUAAGCAAAGGUAUCGCGAAGAUUUGAACCUUAGCGUAGUGGUUACACUUCCGAUUUCAUAAGGGUGACUCGUAGUCUUGAACCCUAUCUCAGAUAGUGUAGCACACCGGAUCUUUUCAUUGAGUUGUGUUCUCUUCUUAGCCCGUGCGUUUAUGGCCAUGCACGUUAUCCUUGUUUAGUGAACGCUCUAGCAACUUUGUGCCUCCAAAGUUCCAUAGGGAGCGGCCCCACUCCCACAUUCACAUAGGUGAGUCUAUCAGGAGUACCCCCAAAGUAAAGUACUCCACCCCACAUAGGGUAUAGAUCUCAUUAAGAGUUAUUCACUCAACCUCCAUUGCUUUGGGAUUCAUGCUUCACUAUGCAUGAACUUUUCGAAUACUACUCAUGACUUGUUAUUACCCAUUGAACGGGACGGGUUAGCAUGCUAACCCCUUAAGGGGUUGGUUUUUUGACACCCCCCUUUUAAUUGGUCAAUUUUUCAUUAAUUAUUGACUAGUAUUAAUGAAAGUAAACAUAAUAAAUGUUCUGUUAUUAAAUACAAAGUAAGCAUUAAA